AUGGAUGAAGUCCACUACGAGUGGGUUGACGUGUCUCCGUAUCUCGGACACAAAAAGCCAGGAAAGUUCUACGCUCCUCGGAAGAAUUACCAUGUGUCGCUUAUUACCCGCGACGACUUUUUGAGCGAUGGGUCAUCCAUCAACAAAAGUAUCAUAGCAACAGCAGGCCCCUCAAUGACCCGUCCUUUGGCAUUCCUCGGCCCCAUGGUGGCAAUCAGAGAGGUCGACUAUGACACCUAUUGUGAUAUCACCCUGGCCGACUUCCGGUGCCUCUCAGAGUACCUUCGAUGCUACGGCGCACCUGCUUCUGCCAAUCCAACGAAUAGUCCAGGUAAACCAAUUCACGCAAUCAAAGCCAGUCGUGGGGUGAAAAUAAGACGCCAGGGAGGCGAUAUCCCGCAAAGAUCCGACAUAUUCGUCCCCGUCAAUGUUACCGCUAAUACUAUGUCGGCUUCUUUCGGCGAAGGUGUUCUUUCGACCCUCUCCGUGCGCCUCGGAAUGCCCAUCCGUAUCUGGAAGUACCCCAACGCUAAGGACGACGCUGGAGCUUUCAAUCCGGAUGCACUUUCACUGUUACGGGAGGUUAGCCCUAUUAAUCCUCUUUUUGGACAUCCUCACCCUUAUUGGGAUGCUGGUAUCGAGGAUGUUUUGGCUGUGCGCGAGGACGGACAGGAUCUGUCUGUCCAAGACGUGCGGAUCAUGUGUGGCUUUGGGGCCAUUUUAUACUGUGAUAUGGUCGUAAAUGUUAACGUAAUUCCCGGUCGGUUCGUGUAUCCCGGUCGGUUCGUGCUUACCCCCCCAAAAACCAUGCUUGAUCAACUUUAA